CCGGCCCCUCGCGGGUAACCUGCACAGACAAACAGCCACUCAGACCCAGGAACUUUAACUCUCUAAUCUAGCUGACCCACUGUGACAGAAGGCAGGCUACAGAGUCUGGGACUGGGAAGCGAGAGGGAGGGAAGGAGGAAGACCAGGGGGAAAGCAAGCCUCCCGGGACUGUGGCAGCGGCUCCAGGUCGCGCUCCGCGCGCGUCCCGUGCACGUGCGCACCGCUCCGGGGCCGUCCGGCGCCACCGAGAAAGCUCUCCGCCCCCCCCACCCCCACUCCCGUUCAUUUGUACUGGGACGUCACGGAGCCCUUGCUCUGGGACCGCGGGGGCGGGGUCUAGAAGCGCGCAUGCGCGCUGCGCCCGGCGGGCGUGAGGGCGGGCAGCGGCGGCAGCGGCGGCUACCGAAUCGCGGCCACAGUCUGCAACAGUAACCGAGCCAUGGCUCGAGCUGGCGGGCGGCGCAGGCAAACAGCAGCCGCGGCAGGCGCACGGGCCGCGUUAAGGGAGCCGGGGGCAGCACGAUUCUAAGAAGAGGGGCGAGAGGGGGCCGGGCUGGGCAGGCUACGGGGCACCGCGCUCUCCCAACAGCGCGGAUCCUUUUUGGAGAUUAAUAUUAAAAAAAAAAAAAAAAGCAGAGGGGAAGGUGGGAGCAAGCGAGAAGGCGAGACACACAGAGAAAGAGAGAGAGACACAGAUAUCCAUAGUGAGAGAAAGAAAGGCCACAGUCGCCGGCAGCCGAUGUGAAGACUGGACUCUGUGUGCCCCUCGCCGCCUCUGCCCGGCCACAUCGAUGUUGCAGCCCGCUCGCCCGCAUCACGAUGAACGCGCAGCUGACCAUGGAGACGAUCGGCGAGCUGCAUGGGGUGAGCCAUGAGCCGGUGCCCGCCCCUGCCGACCUGCUGGGCGGCAGCCCUCACGCGCGCAGCUCCGUGGGGCACCGCGGCAGCCACCUGCCUCCCGCGCACCCGCGUUCCAUGGGCAUGGCGUCCCUGCUGGACGGCGGCAGCGGAGGCAGCGAUUACCACCACCACCACCGCGCCCCUGAGCACAGCCUGGCUGGCCCCCUGCACCCCACCAUGACCAUGGCCUGUGAAACUCCCCCAGGUAUGAGCAUGCCCACCACCUACACCACCUUAACCCCUCUGCAGCCGCUGCCGCCCAUCUCCACUGUGUCCGACAAGUUUCCUCACCACCAUCACCACCACCAUCACCACCACCACCCACACCACCACCAGCGCCUGGCGGGCAACGUGAGUGGUAGUUUCACUCUUAUGCGGGAUGAGCGUGGGCUAGCCUCCAUGAAUAACCUCUAUACCCCUUAUCACAAGGACGUGGCUGGCAUGGGCCAGAGCCUCUCUCCCCUCUCUGGCUCCGGUCUGGGCAGCAUUCACAACUCCCAGCAAGGGCUUCCCCACUAUGCUCAUCCCGGAGCGGCUAUGCCCACCGACAAGAUGCUUACCCCAAAUGGCUUUGAAGCCCACCACCCUGCCAUGCUCGGUCGCCACGGAGAGCAGCACCUCACGCCCACCUCGGCCGGCAUGGUCCCCAUCAACGGCCUUCCUCCGCACCAUCCCCAUGCCCACCUGAAUGCCCAGGGCCACGGACAGCUCCUGGGCACAGCCCGGGAGCCCAACCCUUCGGUGACCGGCUCGCAGGUCAGCAAUGGAAGUAAUUCAGGGCAGAUGGAAGAGAUCAAUACCAAAGAGGUGGCUCAGCGUAUCACCACCGAGCUCAAACGUUACAGCAUCCCACAGGCCAUCUUCGCGCAGAGGGUGCUCUGCCGUUCCCAGGGGACCCUUUCGGACCUGCUGCGAAACCCCAAGCCCUGGAGCAAACUCAAGUCCGGCCGGGAGACCUUCCGGAGAAUGUGGAAGUGGCUGCAGGAGCCGGAGUUCCAGCGCAUGUCCGCGCUCCGCUUAGCAGAAAGCGGCAUGGGUGGCAGUGUGCCUUCUCUGAGGAUCACAUCUGGAGGCCCCCAACUGUCUGUUCCCCACUUACCUGCUUGCAAAAGGAAAGAGCAAGAACACGGCAAGGAUAGAGGCAACACCCCCAAAAAGCCCAGGCUGGUCUUCACAGACGUUCAACGUCGAACUCUACAUGCAAUAUUCAAGGAAAAUAAGCGUCCGUCCAAAGAAUUACAAAUCACCAUCUCCCAGCAGCUGGGGUUGGAGCUGAGCACUGUCAGCAACUUCUUCAUGAAUGCGAGGAGGAGGAGUCUGGACAAGUGGCAGGACGAGGGCAGCUCCAGCUCAGGCAACUCAUCGUCGUCAUCAAGCACUUGUACCAAAGCAUGAAGGAAGAACCACGGACUCGAACCUCGGUGGAAAAGCUUUAAAUUUAAUUAAAAAAAAAAGUUUUUAAAGACCAGGACCUCAAGAUAGCAGGUUUAUACUUAGAAAUAUUUGAAGAAAUAAAAGUGGUAUUUAUAGUCCAAAGAAACCAAAGACUGAAGCUCACCUGCAUUCUGACUUUGUUCCGAGAGACAUACUUCAGCGGGGCAAGACUUGGCAAGAAAAACGAUGAUCGAAAAACAUCGGAUCUCACGCCUUCAACCCGAGCACCUCACUGUGCGUGGCUGCUCCAUGGCUCGAAGCACAGUAAUGUCUGAGCCGUCGAGCGGUCGUCUUUUAAGAUCAGACAUUCUCAUCUCUCCCACCACGCCACGAAGGUGUAUAGUGUCUCAAUAUCUUGUGUUGGUGGGUGUGCGGAGAUCCGCACACCCAUCCGCCACCACCAGUGGUUAGGGACUCAGGCAGGGCUGGUCUUCAGGAAGGGUUGCACCAGAGGAGUGUGACCAACACAGUGUGGGAUUUCUAGAUUCAUUGGAUGGAAGGUGUGAUUUCUCUCAUCUAGCCUAGUGUUUGAACCUGCCAGGCCCACAACCUAAAUGCGGAUUCAAACCCAGCAAAGAAAAUUUGAAUGGCGCCUAAACCAGUGCACUCUCUUUGUUUGUUAAGAAAUGUUCAGAUAUUUUUUAAAAAAAAAUGAAACAAGAGUCCAUCCAUUAAAAAAAAAAUAUCACCCAGGUACCAAAGAACACACAAUAUUAUAGUGCAGGUAUUUUAUUGCAAUGAUUUUAAUAACCAAAGCUAUUUUUACACAAGAUACUAUGUAAAGUUAUACGUAUGAACUGACCUAGCUGUAAUCCACAUGUCACGUAGAUUCAGGACUAUUAUGUAUGACUCUUGAAGCAUUUGAGAUGUGAGUUUUCAGACUGGCAAGGAAGAAUGUAGCUUCAGGGAAGCAGUUACCACCAGGGCAGAGAGAGCGGCGCGGUGCACAUGGGAUCUGGAAAUGUCACCGACAUAGAGAGAAGACAAAAUGCAUAAUCUACUCAUAGCCAAGACGAUGUGAGGACCCUUUCAGAGUAGGUUCCCGUAGAAACACUAAGAAACUAAGCUUAACAGGAAGAUAACUAAAUUUUAAAAAUUGUCUAAAGUGAUCAUUUUUAGAAAAGCCCUCCUUAAAAAAAAAAAAACCUAGACUAAUUUUGUUUAAAUUGCUUUAUGUACUUAGCACCAAAUGCUUAUUUUUAAAUUCUUCCUAAACACUAAUGAAGACAGCAGAUCAAUAUUAAUAACAAUUAGUUAUCCUGUAUUGUGUAGCCAUCCUAAAGAAGCAAUUGGACUAACUUGAUUGUCGGUUUCAGAUGCAGUAUCAGGCAGACGUCAGGAAAACAACAGGUGCCUCUGAGAAGCGGGAGCAGAGGAGGCCUGCAUAGAAAAAGCCAGAGCGCCAGCCUCACACAAGACUUGGUUCUUUCAGAAUUAACAGAUGCAUUUUACUAAGCAUAGCAUCCAAAGCAUUUACAUUCCUUUUCGCUAUAAAAACCCUGGAAUUUUAUCUCAUGGCUUCUCCUCUCUGGCAGGGACCUCAAUUAAAACCUAAGCUUUCUAAUCAAAGUUUUAAAUUUUGACUUUUUCCAAAUCAUUUAACUGGGGCUGCACAGACCAAGGCAGGAAGCAAACACAACGUUCUAGAAAUCAUUUGCCACUCAGAAACACUCUGUCUGAACUCGGCCAAACUACAACUGAUGUGAGCAGACAGUCGCUGCACAGGGAAGUCAGGAAUGGGGUACCCUCAGUUAAUAUCACACCCAGUUAGAUACGUAACACCGAAAGCUAUGCUAAUAGUAAGCUGUCCAUUGAAAUUCACUAAAAUGCCAAACGAAUUUUAAAAUGUAAAAAUUAUAUAACACAAAAUCUCACUCCUGGGGGCCAAGGGUCGGCCCCCAGAGAGAGGCGCCUAAGCCAACCAGCGAACCAUCGGUCUCCUUUCCGUUCGCUGGCGAUUGUGCAAAGGAAAUCAGCAGGCGCCUUGCUGUUUUGUCGUAGUGUUUUUUAAAAGUUCACCCAAGAUUGCAACUUGAAAGUUUUUCUUCUAAAUAUGGCACAAUUCUAGUUCAAUCAUGAAUAACCAGUAAAUUGCCACCCUUCGAGAUUUGCCAAAGUUUUCAGUAGCAUAAACAAAAGCUAAAAAUAGAAAUAUUGUUUUCUCUCUUCAUAGUGGAGUGAGCUGGGGAGUACAUUUAUAAUUUAAGAGGGGGCAUAGCCUUAUUUACUUAAAACAAGGGUAUUAAAAAUUCAGGGGAAACCUAAUUGUGUCUACGCAGUCUUACCAACUUUAAAUACUCCAAGAAAAAAAAAUAGAAAAGAAAAAAAAGAUUCACUCAACCUGAGACUUAGCUUGGCUUUUACCGUGUUACUUCCAUGAUUAACCCAACUGCAUGUUUCAAUUUUUUCAAGCCAAUCAUUUUGGUACUGUGGAGGCACAGUCUUCAAAAAAAAAAAAUAUGACUACGUUUUAAAAAUCCCACCAUGAUGGUUAUCUGAGAAAUAACCAGUUACCCUACUUGCUGACACCAAAGAUGACUUCAUACCAGCAUUAAAUUUGCACCAAUUACACAAUUUCAGGGCCUAGAGAUAUAUUUUCUCGUAAACAAGGGCACAAGUCAGAGCCUGAAGAGCAAUUUUCUUACUUGACCGAGCAUACUCCAAACUUUUGCUUCUUAGAAACCGUAGCAGAUACACUCAGCUUUCCUAAGCAAUACCUUCCCACACCCUGUAGGAACAGCUCUUCCUUUGCUUCAGAAUCAGCGUUCAGAGGUCAUGUUUCCAUUCCUGUUUUAUGGCUCUGCUCAUGUUCUCCAGAGCAGAUCUUGUCAUCUCUCAGUCCUUUCACACCGUCCCCUCAAGAGCUUGUCCCUCAUCACUACCCACCAUGCAAACAGAACCAGACUUCAACUUCAAACACCUUCCUACUUUCUUCCUCUCUUUCCUUUCUUUCUUUGUUUUUUUUUUUUUGUUUUGUUUUGUUUUGUUUUGUGUUUUUGGCCAUAUGUCAUUCAGGUCCUCAAAUAACAGGAAGCUUUUGCUGAAAGCCAGCAGGAAUGUUUGGAGUCUGGAGACUUUAUAAAACUUGGAUCUCAGUAACUGUCCAGGUAGAGGAAUUCUGGAUGCCCCGGGCUGAGUACUCCUGUCUCUGAGCAUUCCAAAGACCAAAGAAAAUGUAUGGGGAGAUCCACAGGUUCUAACAGAACUAACUUGCCACUCGUCACGCUCCUCGGUCCCCCAGAAACACGUAAUUAUUUUCCCAGAACAACAUGAAAGCAAUGGCUACAUUUGGACUCAGCCCUCUCCCAUUGCUCCCCCAGGUGAAGAACCGUCUUGGCAGGUUAACUGUAACUUUGCUAUACCAAAGAGUCUAAGGACACUUUCCUUACGGUCCGGUCCGUCCUCCCUCCUUUGUACAGACAGGAUGAAACUAUGCAUUUAGCAAACAAAGAGAAAGCACGGCUCCCUUUUCUAUCUAGUUGUUUAGGGUGCAUUCAAAUACCAGAGGCCGUUUGGGGGAUGCACUUGGCCUUCUGGGUUAUUACUGUGGUGUGGGUUUGCUCUACAGUGCAUUGGGUAACUACUCCCCAAAUAGUGUGGACAAAGAAGCAGAAGGUAAGAAAUAGCUACUUCCAUGUGUUUAAAAAAAAAAAAAAAAAAAAAGAUUUAAAAAAAAUGAAAAAAAAGAAAAAAAGAAAGAAAAAGAAAAAAAGUGUAAAGAUCUACUAUUUAUAGUGUGAACCAAAGACGCUACCUCACUCAAUUUCCAUUGGUGAUUUUAAUCACAUUGAUAUACCAAAGAAUACCAAAGAUAUUUUCAUGCACGGCCAUGGUCUGCAGAGGGAACUCCGCCCCGCCCCUUCCCCCGCCUUCUCCCUCUUCACUCAGUGUGUAAAGUUGUCUUCAUUCUUACUAACAACACGAGACCAAGAACACCGACAUUAGGAACGCCUGCUCUUAUUCCUGCUACUUCUGGAAAUCUCUAGGCAAACACGUUGCAAAGUUUGUAAACUCCUAGGACGAGUGCCUUGCUUGAACCAAAGUGUUAAACCGCUGUUAACCUCUCUCACCUUAUACUCUUUGAAUACCUCAGCCUCUUAGAAAGGCCACUAAUGAAAAAAAAAAAAAAGAAUAAUUAUUCACCGUGGUGCUUUUUCUGCGCAACCAUGCAAUGAAACUUUCUUUGAUACCAAAGGAUGACUUCCCCCACCCCCAAUUCUUGCUGAUAAACCAAAGCUCCUCCUUACUUCUCCCUGAAGCCCUCCCCACCCCUUCCCGGAGUCCCUUCCCCAGGCAGGCCGUGCGUCACUUUUACCAAUUCCUUCAAAUACCUCAUAGUAAUAAAACGUUAGGGUUAUGUUGUAUAGAGAGUCUAUGUGAUAAGGCAGAACUUACUAGUUUGUUAAUUGUUAAGGUUACUUUAAAGAAAAAAAAACCUUUAUAAUUCUUAUUUAUUUUGUAGCUGUGUGUUUGGGUGUUCCCUCUCCCCUCCCACUUUGGUUUGGGGUUUGUUUUCUUGGCUGGACUUCUCAGUUGCUCAAGGAAGAGUUAAUUUUUGGGAAUGUUCCCCAAGUGGGUUAAAAGUUAAGGGUUGUGUAAAAAUGCAAGAAUGGAAUAAGAAAUGAUUUUCAUUUUGAUCAUUACUUAUGAAAGUUUGUGUUUUGUAGAAAAUUUGUUUCCACAGGGUAAAAAAAAAAUUAUAUAUAUAUAUAUAAUCUUUUUGUGAAACUGGUUCCUAUUUUUCUCUAUAAUGUGCUGUGAUUUGUUUUAAUUUAAUUACAUUUUAUAUGAACUUAUUUAAUCACUUCGUUAAUUUAUGACUUGUAGUUUUUACGGUGUAUAUAGUACAAUGAAAUGGCCAAAACUUUAUGUUACAAUCUCUUUUGUUCUUGAUGCUAAGCUGGAGAAAGCCUCUCUUGCCUUCGGAGUGUUCGCUUUAGUUUGUUCCUGUCGAGCACACCGCGUGUGCUCUCAAUACUGCCAGCUCCCCCUCGAGAACGUGUACAUGCCAAAUGAGUGUACCAAGGUAGAACGAUGGAAGGCAUUACCUGCGGUUUCUCUUUAAUUUAUUAUUAUUUUUCAGAAGAAAAAAAUUAUUUUGCAGGUAAGACCUGAAACUUCAAAGAGCUUAAGACCUUCCCCGAAGUCUCACAGUAUCUGCAUCUGUGGGAUUCUUUGCUCCACCCUGCUUCUGUUCGUUUUUAGCUAUCCAGGCAUGGGAAUAAGAAGUCAAAGUAUAAAAACCGAAAGAGACAAGCUAACUUGAAUCUGGAAACUCUCUCAAUGCUAUUGUUUCUGCCUUUCUGGGUGACAGCCUCUCCACCAAGACAACCUUCCCACCAAGCUGUCUUUAAGAAAAAAGACGGGACUGGGGGCCACUAAUUUCCCAGCAGCCCCUGCAAGAAGCAAAACAAGCUCACUUGGCUUAAUGACCACCCUGAUUUAGGAAAUACAGUAAGAGCGCCACACCCCUGCUCCCCACAGCUGCCCCAUCCUUGCCUUCUUAUGUGUACCCUACCCAGAUACUCUAGGGAAGGACUCUAGGGAUCCUGGGGGAAGACUUUUUUUUUUAUGUUUUCUCACUUUCCAUCUCCUAGACAUGAGCCUUGGCCAGGCUCCUUAGCCAAGGCGGGUCUGGUCCUUGAUCAGCACAUACAGAACCCUCGAGGACCAGGGCGGCCCUCACAGGCGCCAUGGCUCUGUCAGUCCGCUUUCCUGAUGUGGUAGGUUGCUUAGACGCAUUGGUGUCCCCAACAUCCCCCUCAACGCAGACAUUUGGCCUUCUUUUCUUUCGCAGGUGUGUUUGGGGUAGGGAAGGAGAGGGGAGGGUCCAGGUUUCUGGUCAAGAGGAACUUUUUUAUACUGAUUGUGUAUGUGAAUCGGUAAUAAGUCCACUCUCAGCCCAGGCGUCAGUGCCCCGGGGGGUCACGAUGCUGACAGAAGGUUUUGAAAGGUUGGCAGUGAACUUCAAAGCAGCAUUAUCUCUAUAAGGUCACACUUCUAUUUCUAUGUUAGCGUUGAUUAUUUUUCUAGGAUGUUCUGCAUUUAUUUCAUAAUCAUUUUGGGCUCAUUUUUGAAUUGCCGUCUGAACCAACUGACAAUUAAUAAGAAGAAUAAACUUGAAACCACUGCCUUCCACUUGUUUUGCUAGCUGUUUCAUGCCUUGCCCCCCCUCAGUUGCUGUCUCCCCCCCCAAGAACCAGCCCAUCUGUCACUCACCGAGACCUGUCCCUUCCCCUUUUUCUAUUUUCAGCACACGUUUGACCUCAGCUAUUGGAAGAGGAGUGUGACUCAGUUUCCCUGUUCAAGUUAGCUUGAUGGUUUAUUAUAUAAGGAGGGUGCCUAAGACAAUCAUCAGGUAAAAAUUAAAUAGAAGAUCAGUAGAGUAGAAAGUCUUCCAAGGGCAGGGGGAGUUCUUCCUUAGCAAUGAAUAAAAAAAAAAAACUGAAAAGCUAAAUACACGAUUAUUUAACUACACACCUAACCACGAGGGGCUUAGGAGAUUUUUGAUAGAAGACAAAUGUUACUGUCCUUUUCUCUGUCAAUUAGAAAACGGUGGUAGUUUCUACACUGCAUCAACGCGUCAGAUGAAACGAUUAUUGUACCCGGUCACAGUCAUUUGCUGAGACUUUGUCUUUCUCUCUGUUGACGCUUCUUCUGUAUUUUUCGUGCGUAGCGACAAAAUGCGUCGUGUGUUAGGCAUUCUUCUGGUUUGUACUGCAUUAAGGUUUCUUUCUUUCCUUUCCUUUUUUUUUAAAUUUUUUUGAGCUUCAAUACUGUUCUCUCUUUAUGCCGUGCAAUAUCAUCUGCUGUGUUUGCUAAAGAAAAAGAAAAAGAAAAAGAAAAAAAAAAAGCAAGUGGUGAUGUCAUCACGCUCCCA